GCGCCCCGCGCCCCCCGCCCGCGCGCGCCCCCCAUGCACCACCUCCUGGAGCAGCCGGCGGACAUGGCGACGGCGCUGCUGGCGGGCGAGAAGCUGCGCGAGCUCAUCCUGCCGGGCGCGCAGGACGACAAGGCGGGCGCGCUGGCCGCGCUGCUGCUGCAGCUGAAGCUGGAGCUGCCGUUCGACCGCGUGGUCACCAUCGGCACCGUGCUCGUCCCCAUCCUGCUGGUCACCCUGGUCUUCACCAAGAACUUCGCAGAGGAACCCAUUUACUGCUACACCCCACACAACUUCACCCGCGACCAGGCGCUGUACGCCCGCGGCUACUGCUGGACGGAGCUGCGGGACGCGCUGCCCGGCGUGGACGCCAGCCUGUGGCCGUCGCUGUUCGAGCACAAGCUGCUGCCCUACUCGCUGCUGGCCUUCGCAGCCAUCAUGUAUGUGCCCGCGCUGGGCUGGGAGUUCCUGGCCUCCACCCGCCUCACCUCCGAGCUCAACUUCUUGCUGCAGGAGAUCGACAACUGCUACCACCGCGCGGCGGAGGGCCGCGCCCCCAAGAUCGAGAAGCAGAUCCAGUCCAAGGGGCCGGGCAUCACGGAGCGCGAGAAGCGCGAGAUCAUCGAGAACGCGGAGAAGGACAAGAGCCCCGAGCAGAACCUGUUCGAGAAGUACCUGGAGCGGCGGGGGCGCAGCAACUUCCUGGCCAAGCUCUACCUGGCGCGCCACCUGCUCAUCCUGCUGCUCAGCGUGGCGCCCAUCUCCUACCUGUGCACCUACUACGCCACCCAGAAGCAGAACGAGUUCACCUGCGCGCUGGGCGCGGCCCCGGACGGGGCGGCGGGCGCGGCGGUGCGCGUGAGCUGCAAGCUGCCGUCCGUGCAGCUGCAGCGCAUCGUGGCGGGCGUGGACAUCGUGCUGCUCUGCGCCAUGAACCUCAUCAUCCUCGUCAACCUCAUCCACCUCUUCAUCUUCCGCAAGAGCAACUUCAUCUUCGACAAGCUGCACAAGGUGGGCAUCAAGACGCGCCGCCAGUGGCACGGCUCGCAGUUCUGCGACAUCAACAUCCUCGCCAUGUUCUGCAACGAGAACCGCGACCACAUCAAGUCGCUCAACCGCCUGGACUUCAUCACCAACGAGAGCGACCUCAUGUACGACAACGUGGUGCGGCAGCUGCUGGCCGCGCUGGCGCAGUCCAACCACGACGCCUCCCCCGCCGUGCGCGACGCGGGCGCGCAGACCGUGGACCCGAGCGCCGACCCCGCGCAGCCCGACGGCGCCGCCGAGCCGCCCGUGGUCAAGCGGCCCCGCAAGAAGAUGAAGUGGAUCCCGAGCAGCAACCCGCUGCCGCAGCCCUUCAAGGAGCCGCUGGCCAUCAUGCGCGUGGAGAACAGCAAGGCCGACAAGCCCAAGCCCCUGCGCCGCAAGACGGCCACCGACACGCUCAUCGCGCCGCUGCUGGACGCGGGGGCGCGCGCCGCGCACCACUACAAGGGCGGCGGCGACGCCGGCCCCGCCCCCGGCCCCCCGCCCGGCCCCGACAAGAAGCCGGCCCGCCACCUCUCCCUGGACGUGCACCCCUACAUCCUGGGCGCCAAGAAGGCCAAGCCCGAGGCCUCGCCCGCCGCCCUGCCCGUCUCCCGCAGCCAGGAAGGGGGCUUCCUGUCCCAGGCAGAGGAGUGCGGGCUGGGCCUGGCCGCGGCCCCCGCCAAAGACGCUCCGCUAGCUGAGGAGGACAUCCUGUACCCAGCAGAGCCGGCCCGGGCUGUGCUCCCCUCCGGCAGCACCUUCCAUGUCUGCUCGCCCCCCGCCGCCCCCGCCACGGCCCCUCUGUCACCCGCCGGCCUGGGCAAGCCCGACCCCCUCGCCAUCCUGAGCCGCAACGCCACCCACCCGCUGCUGCACAUCGGCACGCUGUAUGAGGCCCAGGAGGAGGAGGACGGGGGGCCCCGGGCACCCCCAGACAUGGGGAGCCUCAUCGCCAUCCCCCCACCCCAGCAGAUCCUCAUCGCCACCUUCGAUGAGCCAAGGACCGUAGUGAGUACCGUGGAGUUCUGAGGGCGCAUGGCUGCCAGGGCCCCCCCGGGGGACCCCUCCGCAUGACCAGGGUACACCGCCGCCCCCAGCACUGCCCACCCCAGCCUCCCACCCGCAUGCCUCGGGCUCAGCACCUGUCCCUCCCCCUCUGUGGCAUUGUUGGGGUGCUGGCUGGGCCAGGGGCUGGCCAUGAGCCCCCUCCCUGCACCAGGCGCUCGCCGUGAGAAGAGUUUAUUUUCUUAGUUUGUCUUGGGCCCAGGAUGCUGGCCAUGAGGGGUGCUCUGUGGGGGACACGUGGGUCCGAGGUGUAGAAGGAAGCUGGGGGCAGGGGCACCGCGGGCCUGGGACGCACAGCCGCUGAGCCACGCUGUGCUCCUGGCUUGCCCGGGCAGGGCCGGAAGCCCUCAGGUCAAAGGUCAACAUGCACUUUCUCCUUGUACCCCGACUACCUGUACUUCACUAUGGUUACUGUAACCCACAAGUAUCUCUCUUGUCAGGAGACUUAGGGUGCAUUUAAAACAAAGGAUGUGUGUGUGGGCGUGUGGGUGUGUGUGGCCAGAGGGGCAGGGCGCCUGUGUGCAAGUAGACACGUGGGUGAGCGUGCAGAGCAUGCGUGAGUGGGCACCAGCGUGUAAGCAAGUGUGUGUGAGCGGGCCCAGGUGAGCGUGCACGUGUGAGACCAGGCAUGGGCGCCGGGGCGUGAGCAAGGAAAGGAGUCCAACGCAAUAACCACGUCCCCACCCGGGCCCAGCCCCGCCCCGGGCCCACGCUGCUUCCCGGGGAGCCGGGCGGCGUGGCGGGUCUGCCCCUAUUACCUCAGCCACGGCAACAACGUGACGCAUUCACAAGGUAGCACUGAGCAUAUCAAUAAAUACUAUUCUGAUA